GCAACGUCUGCGCGCUGUACCAUCGAUCAACUGCUGUGAGGAGAUGGGUUCUCUGGACAGUACUGUUUGAGAAGGGUUAUUUAAGAUAUACUUUUUUUUGUUGAAAAUCUGCCAAAAUGCUCAACAGCUCUAUCAGGAAUCUAACACUGGAGGACGUUUUUUUCCGAAUUAACAACUCGUCUUGGAACGGAACGUACAACGAGUCUCGCGGCAGCGCUAUCCUCAUCUCUUUCAUUUACUCGGUUGUCUGUUUGGUCGGACUGUGCGGGAACUCUAUGGUUAUCUAUGUCAUUUUCAGAUAUGCCAAAAUGAAAACGGCAACAAAUAUUUACAUUCUGAAUUUAGCCAUCGCGGACGAGUUACUUAUGCUGAGUGUCCCUUUCCUGGUGACAUCUUCACUCCUUCACCACUGGCCUUUCGGCUCCCUUCUCUGCCGACUUGUUCUAAGUGUUGAUGCUAUUAAUAUGUUUACGAGUAUUUACUGCCUAACUGUACUUAGCAUAGACCGAUAUAUUGCUGUUGUGCACCCCAUCAAAGCCUCCCGGUACCGGAGGCCCACAAUAGCUAAAAUAGUCAACUUUGGGGUUUGGAUGUUUUCUAUCCUGGUCAUUUUGCCCAUUAUUAUAUUUUCCACGACCGUUCCAAACUUGGACGGUUCGCUCGCUUGUAACAUUCAGAUGCCAGAGCCAGUGAACCAGUGGAUGGCUGUGUUUGUGAUUUAUGCCUUUCUCAUGGGCUUUCUGUUCCCAGUCUUUGCUAUCUGUAUGUGUUACAUCCUCAUCAUCGCCAAGAUGAGAGUGGUGGCAAUGAAGGCAGGCUGGCAGCAGCGUAAGAAAUCGGAGAGAAAGAUCACUCUGAUGGUGAUGAUGGUGGUGACCGUGUUUGUCAUCUGUUGGAUGCCCUUUCAUAUUGUACAGCUCGUUAAUGUCUUCGUGAAGCACCAUAACGCGACAUUCAUGCAACUCGCAGUGAUUUUGGGGUACGCUAACAGCUGCGCCAACCCUAUACUGUAUGGAUUUUUAUCAGACAAUUUCAAACGUUCGUUCCAAAGAAUUUUGUGCCUGCGGUGGAUGGACAAUGCAACGGAGGAACCAAUAGAUUACUAUGCCACCGCUCUGAAAAGUCGUGGUUACAGUGCGGAUGAAUUUCAACCAGACAACAUGGAAUGUGACAGCACUUAUAGAAAUGGAAUCUGCACUUCGAGGACAACGACACUGUAACCUAGCACAUGGACAUAAAGUGAUGAAACGAUAUUAACAAAAUCAUAAAUGUGACCACAGAGUGUUUUGUUCAUUAGGCCUACUAGGCUGUUACUUCGGUAUUUAUUAGUUUUGUUUACUUGCAACUAUUUAUAUGAACUGAAUUAAAAUGUUGACUAAUCAGAAUGUCUUAUUAUUGUUCGAAUCAUUGCAAUAUGGAUUCAGGUGGCACUGUGCGUAAAAGUCCUCCAAUUAUGACAAGUAGCCUUACAGAGCAGAAACAGACUGGCACUACUAGAGGCUGCCGGUGUGCAGUGCAGUUAUACCAUUUCCCCUGUGUGAGCCAGAGUGUGGACUCGAGUCAUAAGACUUUGAUUCGAGUCUGACUUGAGUCACACAUCUGAUCACCUGAGACUCGACUUGAUAGAAAAUAAAAUAACUCUCGACUCGAAACGCACACUCGGCACUCUCUCUGAUUGGACCAACUGUCAAUCAACACAGGUCGGAUGAGCUGGCGCAGUGAGAAGAUUUUCGGGGGUCGCUUGAGCGAAAGCUG